AUGCAUUCAUCUAUCCGCCCGAACCAGUUCGUGGUGAUUCAAUUGCCCUCGGAUCAGACCCGAAUUGUCAAGUUGGUUCCCGAUACCAAAAUUCAACUGGGAAGAUAUGGUGGCUUUGCCACUAAUCAGGUUAUCGGCCGUCCCUUCUACCUGACCUUCGAGAUACUCGACACCCCCGAAGAGGAUGGCUACCAGUUGCGCGUCGUCUCCGCCACCGAGCUGCAUGCCGAAACCCUGAUUGAAGAGGCCGAGGCGGAUGCAGAAGGCGACGAUACGGAAUCGGGAGAGGGGACCCCGAUGCGUACCAAUCGUGAAGUCAUCGACACCCGCGCAACCCAGCAGCUAACUCUCGAGGAAAUUGAGGAGCUGAAGAGAGAAUCGACGGGGGCAGGCAAGGACAUCGUCGCGAAGCUCAUGCAAUCGCAUACCGCUAUCGACCAGAAGACUGCGUUUUCACUCGCGAAAUACACUUUGCGAAAGCGCAAGAAGUACUUGCGGAGAUUUACCAUCCUGCCUAUGGACGUUGGUAUCCUAGCCAACUACCUGCUGGAGCAACGCGAUGCGGGAAGGACUAUGGAGCUGCGGGAUGAGCACAUCGGCCUGCUGGGAUGCUUAGGCAAUGUGCAUCAUGGCGGCGAGUCUACAUUCGAUCCGCUCCCCGAUUUUCGACCGAACGGCCGAUACUACGUCAUUGAUGAAACCGGCGGUCUAAUUGUGGCCGCGAUGGCAGAGCGCAUGGGAAUCUUAUACCCGGAAGACGAAGAGGAAGAAGAGAUCAAUGAGACUGAAGAGUCCCAGGAUGCAAAUGAAGACAAGGAGACCAUGGAGGAGACUCCAGCACGGCCGAGUCGGCGCUCUCGCGUACGCCAAAUGUCAGCAUCGGGAAACACGAUCACGCUCGUCCACGCAUACUCACAACCGAACCUGACCCUUUUGAAAUACUUCGGCUUCGACAUUAACAACCCUGACGAAACUCAUCCGCUUUUCACCCAUCUGAAAACAAUUUCGUGGUUACAAAUCUUAGAUCCUACCGCGGACCCAAUCAUAUCUAGCGAACCUCCUACUCUGUCUCCGGUUGAGCUAGCUGAGCUAAAGCCCAGCAAGCGCAGUACAUACUUCUUCAAGCGUAACCGCUGGGAGCGGGCUCGGAACGUGACAGACGAGGCUCGCGCAGGCAACUUCGACGGUCUCGUCGUUGCCACUCUUCUUGAACCUGCCGGCAUCAUGAAAAACCUGGUCCCGCUGCUCUCAGGAUCCGCCUCAGUCGCCGUCUACUCCCCAACCAUCGAACCUCUGGUCGAGCUCGCAGAUCUGUACUCCACUGCACGACGUACAGCAUUCCUCCAGCGUAAGCGAGAGAUUGAGUCGGAAGACGGCAGUGUCGAGUCGAAAGAUCUCUCUCCGCUCCUUGACGAGUUCAAACUUGACCCGACCCUUGUCCUGCAGCCCACAUUACACAGAACUCGCGUUCGCCCAUGGCAAGUAUUACCGGGCCGGACGCACCCUCUCAUGAUGGGACGCGGUGGUGCCGAGGGCUACCUCUUUCACGGUAUCCGGGUCAUUCCUACCUCUGCGCGCAUCGAAGCCGCAGGCACUUUUCGGAAACGGCGCAAGGUAGAAUCGACUUCCACGCCUGCCAGUGAUAAAGACGUCGAGAUGGCAUCCUAG